AUGUCUGCUUUACCGGAAGAAGUUAAUAGCACACUACUUCAAAUUGUGCAGGCAUUUGCUUCUCCUGACAACCAAAUACGUUCUGUGGCUGAAAAAGCUCUUAGUGAAGAAUGGAUUACCGAAAAUAAUAUCGAAUACCUUUUAACUUUUUUGGCUGAACAAGCCGCUUUCUCCCAAGAUACAACGGUUGCGGCAUUGUCUGCCGUUUUGUUCAGAAAACUAGCAUUAAAGGCUCCUCCUUCUUCGAAGCUCAUGAUUAUGUCCAAAAAUAUCACACACAUUAGGAAGGAAGUUCUUGUACAAAUUCGUUCUUCUUUAUUAAAAGGGUUUUUGUCGGAAAGGGCUGAUUCAAUUAGACACAAAUUAUCUGAUGCAAUUGCUGAGUGUGUUCAAGACGACUUACCUGCUUGGCCAGAAUUGUUGCAAGCUUUGAUUGAAUCUUUGAAAAGCGGUGACCCAAAUUUCAGAGAAUCGAGUUUUAGAAUUUUGACCACCGUACCUUAUUUAAUAACAGCUGUUGAUAUCAACAGCAUCUUACCAAUUUUUCAAUCGGGUUUCACUGAUGCAAGUGAUAAUGUCAAGAUUGCUGCAGUUACGGCUUUCGUAGGCUAUUUUAAACAACUACCCAAAUCUGAGUGGUCCAAAUUGGGUGUUUUAUUACCAAGCCUUUUGAAUAGCCUACCAAGGUUUUUAGAUGAUGGUAAGGACGACGCCCUUGCAUCGGUUUUUGAAUCAUUAAUCGAAUUAGUGGAAUUGGCACCAAAACUAUUUAAAGAUAUGUUUGACCAAAUAAUACAAUUCACUGAUAUGGUCAUAAAAAAUAAAGAUUUAGAGCCUCCAGCAAGAACUACUGCACUUGAGCUAUUAACUGUUUUCAGCGAAAACGCUCCUCAAAUGUGUAAAUCGAACCAAAAUUACGGACAAACUUUAGUGAUGGACACUUUAAUCAUGAUGACGGAGGUAUCCAUAGAUGACGAUGAUGCAGCAGAAUGGAUAGAAUCUGACGACACCGAUGAUGAAGAGGAAGUUACAUAUGAUCAUGCUCGUCAAGCUCUUGAUCGUGUUGCUUUAAAACUGGGUGGCGAAUAUUUGGCUGCACCGUUAUUCCAAUAUUUACAGCAAAUGAUCACAUCAACCGAAUGGAGGGAAAGAUUCGCGGCCAUGAUGGCCCUUUCUUCUGCAGCUGAAGGUUGUGCUGAUGUACUAAUCGGCGAGAUCCCAAAAAUCCUAGAUAUGGUAGUUCCUCUGAUCAACGAUCCUCAUCCAAGAGUACAAUAUGGAUGUUGUAAUGUUUUGGGUCAAAUAUCUACUGAUUUUUCACCGUUCAUUCAAAGAACUGCACACGAUAGAAUUUUGCCGGCCUUAAUAUCUAAGUUAACAUCAGAAUGCACAUCAAGAGUUCAAACGCACGCCGCAGCGGCUCUGGUUAACUUUUCUGAAUUCGCUUCAAAAGAUAUUCUUGAGCCUUACUUGGACAGUCUAUUGACAAACUUAUUGGUUUUAUUACAAAGCAAUAAACUUUACGUACAAGAACAGGCUUUAACAACCAUUGCAUUUAUUGCUGAAGCGGCAAAGAAUAAAUUUAUCAAGUACUACGACACUUUGAUGCCAUUAUUAUUGAAUGUCUUGAAGGUUAACAACAAAGAUAAUAGUGUUUUGAAAGGUAAAUGUAUGGAAUGUGCAACUCUGAUUGGUUUCGCCGUCGGUAAGGAAAAAUUUCAUGAACACUCCCAAGAGCUGAUUUCCAUUUUAGUCGCUUUACAAAACUCAGAUAUCGAUGAAGAUGAUGCACUCAGAUCAUACUUGGAACAAAGUUGGAGUAGGAUUUGUCGAAUUUUGGGGGAUGAUUUUGUUCCUCUAUUACCAAUUGUUAUACCACCCUUACUAAUUACUGCAAAAGCAACACAGGACGUCGGUUUGAUUGAAGAAGAGGAAGCAGCAAAUUUCCAGCAAUAUCCAGAUUGGGAUGUUGUCCAAGUUCAGGGAAAACACAUUGCUAUUCACACAUCCGUCCUUGACGAUAAAGUGUCUGCCAUGGAGCUAUUGCAGAGCUACGCGACACUUUUGCGUGGCCAGUUUGCUGUAUAUGUUAAAGAAGUAAUGGAAGAAAUAGCUUUACCAUCGCUUGACUUUUACUUACAUGACGGCGUUCGUGCUGCAGGAGCAACUCUAAUUCCUAUUUUAUUGUCUUGUUUACUUGCCGCUACCGGUACUCAAAGCGAGGAAUUGGUGUUGUUGUGGCAUAAAGCUUCCUCUAAAUUAAUUGGCGGUUUAAUGUCAGAACCAAUGCCAGAAAUUACGCAAGUUUAUCACAACUCAUUAGUCAACGGUAUUAAAGUCAUGGGCGAAAACUGUUUAAGCGAAGAUCAACUAGCAGGAUUUACUAAGGGCGUCUCUGCUAACUUAACUGACACUUACGAAAGAAUGCGGGAUCGCCAUGGUGAUGGAGAUGAAUAUAAUGAAAAUAUCGAUGAAGAGGAAGACUUUACCGACGAAGAUCUUCUCGACGAAAUCAACAAGUCUAUUGCAGCCGUUUUGAAAACCACAAACGGUCAUUAUCUAAAGCAUUUGGAAAGUAUAUGGUCUAUGAUAAACACAUUUCUAUUAGAUAAUGAGCCAAUUUUAGUCAUUUUUGCAUUAGUAGUAAUUGGUGAUUUGAUUCAAUAUGGGGGUGAGCAAACUGCUAGCAUGAAGAACGCAUUUAUCCCAAAAGUUACUGAGGGCCUGAUUUCUCCUGACACGCGUAUUCGUCAAGCUGCUUCUUACAUAAUCGGUGUUUGUGCCCAAUAUUCCCCAUCUACAUAUGCUGACGUUUGCAUACCGACUUUAGAUACACUUGUCCAGAUUGUCGACUUUCCAGGCUCUAAGCUGGAAGAAAAUCGUUCUUCCACUGAGAAUGCCAGUGCAGCCAUCGCCAAAAUUCUUUAUGCAUACAAUUCCAACAUUCCUAACGUAGACACGUACACGGCGAAUUGGUUCAAAACAUUACCAACAAUUACAGACAAGGAAGCUGCCUCAUUCAACUAUCAAUUUUUAAGCCAAUUGAUUGAAAAUAAUUCACCGAUUGUGUGCGCUCAAUCUAAUAUCCCCGCUGUAGUUGAUUCGGUCAUACAAGCCUUAAAUGAGAGAAGUUUGACCGAAAGAGAGGGCCAAACUGUGAUAGGCUCAGUUAAGAAAUUGUUGGGAUUUUUGCCUUCUAAUGAUGCUAUGGCAAUUUUCAAUAGAUAUCCAGCUGAUAUUAUGGAGAAAGUACAUAAAUGGUUUGCAUGA